GAAAAGUAAAGAAAACGCGUCUAAUGGUCCCUGCGCGUUUCUCUCUCUCUCUCUGCCCAUUCACUCUUCAUUUUUCAGAGUGGUUUCCUCUGCAACUGCUUUCAUUUCCUCUUCCAGUUUUCACAGUUCACAGUGGUUUCCCCUAGACCUUAAUUCUCGAUCUUGGUGGUUUCCAAUGGCUUUGAGCACCCACAGAGCCUCCCCAUCUCGUGCUUGGGCUGAAUCACCUCCCCGUUGGAAUUUCGAUGUUUUCUUGAGUUUCAGGGGUGAAGACACCCGCACGGGUUUCGUCUACCAUUUAUACCGCGAACUGCAGCACCGGCAAGUAUUCAAGACUUUCAAGGACGACCGAGAGCUUAAAAUCGGUGCUAUUAUCUCUCCGAAGCUCGUGAGCGCAAUCGAACAAUCACAUCUCGCCAUAGUUGUUCUCUCACCCAACUAUGCUUCUUCCACUUGGUGCUUGGAUGAGCUUGCCAAAAUUAUCGAGUCCAUGGAAACGGGAGAUGAGAGAAUUCUGCCGGUUUUCUUUAAUGUGGAUCCAUCCGACGUUCGACAUCAAAAGAGCAGCUUUGCUGAAGCCUUUGCUAAGCAUCAAGUAAAGUUCAGUAACGACCCAAAGAAGGUGGAGAAGUGGAGAGAAGCUUUAAGAAAAGUGGCCAAUCUCUCUGGAUGGGAUGCAAAGAAUUAUAAAUGUGAAAGUGAGCUUAUAGAAGCCAUUGUGAAACGUGUGUGGGAGAAAGUGCGUCCUACGAUCACAUUGUCAGAUUCCAAAGAAAAGUUUGUCGGAAUUGAAUUUAGACUUAGGCAAAUGGGUUUGCUUUUAGCUCCUGAGGAGAAGGAUGUUCGAUUUAUAGGAAUAUGGGGUAUGGGUGGAGUGGGUAAGACUACCCUUGCUAAGCUAGCGUACCAGAGAAUUUCCCAUGAUUUUGAGGUGGCUAAGUUUCUUGUUGAUGUCAGGAAGCGUUCACUAGUCGAUCUUCAAAAACAGGUUCUUUCCCCAGUCUUGAAGGAAAAUGUUUGGGAUGAGUACGAAGGAACCAUUUUCCUUGGAAUACGCCUGUAUAAUAAAAGGGUUCUUCUUGUUGUUGAUGAUGUGGAUAGCUGUAAGAUCCUAGAAAAAUUGGCCGGACAUAAAUCUUGGUUUGGUGAGGGAAGCAGAAUCAUUGUUACAACUAGAGAUAAACGUCUCCUCACCGAGCGUCGUAUAGAAUUAUCAUUUGAGCUAGUGCGGUUAAAUGACAAUGAUGCUCUUGAGCUCUUUAGUCACAAAGCCUUCGAAAAAGAUCAGCCAGAGGAAGGGUUUUUAGAGCUUUCCAAGUGUUUUGUAGAUUAUGUCGAAGGGCUUCCCUUAGCUCUUAAAAUUCUUGGAAGUUCUUUGUACAAGAGAGAUCUAGAGGCAUGGAAAAGUGCAUUGGACAAACUAAAGAAAGGCUGUGAUGCAAAGGUUUUUAAUUCACUCAAAAUAAGUUAUGAUGCAUUGGACGACAUGGAGAAAAGCAUUUUUCUGGACAUUGCAUUCUUCUACACGGGGGUGAAGAAGGGGCGAGUAAUUGAAUCGCUAGAAAGUUGUGACCUUAGUGGUCAUUAUGGGAUAGAACUUCUCAUUGAGAAAUCUCUGAUAACUGUCGAGCACAACAAUGUUCGGAUGCAUGGUUUGGUACAAGAAAUGGCAUGGGAAAUUGUUCGUCAAGAAUCUCGUGAGGAGCCCGGUCUUCGCAGCCGCCUGUAUCAUCGUAAUGACAUCUUUCAUGUAUUCAUGAGAAAUACGGGAACAGAAGCGAUCAAAGGCAUACGGUUAUGUUUACCUCGUUUAGAAGAGGCAGAUUCGAGCUGGAAUUGUGAAUGCUUCUCUAAGAUGCCCAAACUAAUGUUUCUUGAAUUUGAUAAUUUAAUAAUUAGUUCAGGCCCCAAAUUCCUCCCAAAUUCCUUGAUAAUUCUCAAAUGGAAUCGGUAUCCUUCCAAAUCUCUUCCAGCUGGUUUCCGGCCAAAUAUACUUGCUGAACUGAAGAUGCAAGGAAGCAAUCUUGUCCGGCUUUGGGAUGGAAGACAGGACUUGCCUAACUUGAAAUAUAUGGAUCUUAGUUGGUCCAAAAACUUGAAGGAGACCCCAGAUUUCACAGGUAUUCCGAAUCUUGAGUGGUUGUAUCUUGCAUUUUGUGACGGUUUAGUUAAGGUCGAUCCAUCCAUUGCAGUGAACAAAAAGCUUAAACACUUGUCACUCUAUGGAUGUAAAAAUGUCAAGGUGUUCCCAAGUAAGAUAGAAAUGGAUUCUCUCGAGUGGCUCGGUCUUAAUGGCUGCUCAAAAGUAAAGAUUCCAGAAUUUGGAGAAGGGAUGAAAAAUUUAUCUGAAGUCUACGCAUCUUGGACCGCUAGUGAGGAAUUACCUUCAUCAAUUGAACAUCUGGUUGGCCUUACUCAUCUGUUUAUAAAUGAUAGCAAAAGUCUCCAGAGUUUUCCUGGUACCGCAAUUUUUAAACUGAAGUCUCUUAGACAACUCGGAAUGUCUGGAUGCCCAAAACUUGUAGAAAAUACGCGGAAGACUAAAGACAAGCCGCCAGCCUUGCGACAAAUUUUUGGUGGAUCAUCUGUGAAAAGGAAGCUUUACAUGGGCUUUACGGGCUUAUUUAAAAGAAAGAGUCCAGAGCCUGUGUGCUUGGCGUUGCCAUCUCCAGGGGCUUUAUCGUCUUUGCAGUAUUUAUCUCUAGGUGAUUGUAAUCUGUGUCAAGGAGUUAUCCCCGACGAUAUUGGCUACUGCUCGCCGUCUCUAGAGCGGUUGCAUCUUGGUGGAAAUAAUUUUGUUAGUCUUCCUCCAAGCAUUAAAUGCCUUUCUAAGCUUGAGUUAAUUAAUUUGGAGAGAUGCAAAAAGCUUCAACAAUUACCGGAUCUCCCAUCGAAUGAGCUAUUAUCAGUAGUGGCAGACGAUUGCGAUUCCUUAAAAAUGUUGUCGAAACCAUCACAGCAGGGCAGAUUCACCAAAUUGAUGUACUUUCGUUUAACAACUGUCAAUUGCUUUGGAUUGAUUGACAAGGAAGGCUUGAAUAAUGGAAUAUUUUCAAUGCUAAGGAGAUUGGCCGCUCAGGGCAUCUCUGGUUUUCGUCCGUCAUUCGAUAUUGUAAGUCCUGGAAGUAAAAUUUCAGAGUGGUUCGAUAUUCAAAGCGAGGGAGAUUCAUUGACUGUGGAGCUGCCUCCGGAUCGGGAAUCAGAGUGGAUGGGCAUUGUGUUUUGUGUUGUUUUUGCCAAUCAGAAAGAUCCUGACACUCUUGAGUUUGAUUAUUUUUUAAUUGAAUGUUCAUCGCCAGGGAUUCGUAGAGAACACUCUGUGCAGAUGGGAACCCAUAGGAUGGGACAUACCGUCUUUCAUAUGUCUCGUAGUCGUAUGAUGGGAGAUCAUCUUUGGGUGUCUUUUAUGCCUCGUGGUCAAAUCCAGGAUACCACGAGCUGCUCUAUUAGGUUCUCAUUCGACGCGCGUUACGCGUUGGGUGGUCGUCCAUACUCGAAUUGUGUCAUGAAGAGGUGUGGGGCUAGAUUGUUGUACGAGCAAGAUUUGAAAAACCUCCCCGAUGGAACAACCAACAUCUUGAAGCGGAGUCGUGAAUAUUGUGACUCGGAGGAGGCCGAGCCAGGGGAAUGUCCAAGUGCUAUAGGACUAAAGGCAGGGGUGUAGGGAGCAUAGCAGCAGUGUACUCUGCUGCACCCCCUGAACCAUAGGAGAGGGCAAAACAUACAUAUAGCUACUUAUCUUGAAUGUAAUUUGUAGUUCUACUGAGGCAUUCCGAGGUCUAGUCUUUGGUCGAGUGCUUCUUGUUUCUUGUAAUCUUGAAAUGCAUCUGUAUGGCCAAAUAUGUUGUGUUCAUAUUCUUGUCU